AUGGAUCGCUUGAAAAAAUUUCUCGCUGAAAAAAAGGUUAACAAGAACUUCAAGAAAGCUGGAGCUGGUUAUCGUCUUACCGACGAUAGUUCAUCGGCUGUUGCACCGCAACCGGCCCAUGUUCAGCAACAAACUUCACAAAUGGCACCAGCGGAACGUAUAGCCACAGCUGAUGUUGCAGCACACGCGGCUUAUAAGAGGAUGAGCUUAGGUGUAACCCAAGAAUCAUUAACGCAAAGAAAUAUACGCAUACGGGCUCUUAAAGAAUUAGAGAAGGAAAAGAAAGAACGUGAAAGAUCUGCUAGCGACAAAGUGGACGUUGGAAUAAGGGCUCAUGUAGUUGAUGAGCGUGAAUUUGAGCAUUCUGGUGCAAUCAGUGGCGUUUAUUUCACUUGUGACCUUCUUGGUGACGAUCUGCAGUUAACGAAAAAUGAGAUGCGGGAAAAAGUGGAAAGUUUUUUGCGAACACAGUUGGCUGAUGACCCACUAGUUGCAUCAACGUUAAUGAUUUUCUCUUUAAAUGGUCCCGACAAAAAGCGAAUUACUUCGGAAACAAUUCAGAAAUAUCUCAGGAAUCUUAUCGAAAAUCCAGACGAAAGCAGAUAUCGUCGUAUAAGAGUUAACAAUAAGAUUUUCCAAGAGCGGGUUUCUUGUGCUAACGGUGGAAAAGAAUUUUUGCUGGCAUGUGGUUUUGAAGAAAAAAAGCUCAUUAAUAAUGAACAGCAGGAAUCCUUCUUAGUAUUACCAGACGAUAAAGCAGCUGAUACCCAGUCGUUGAUACAAGCUUUAGAAAUUUUGCAAACUGGCCAGGCUGUCCCAUUAAAGCUGUCUCGCAAUGCUGCUGUAUAUAAGCUUGAAGCAAAUCAAGUCAUUACAAAUCCACGAUUGCCGCGCGACUUUUUUGAUUUAGAUCUCGCUGACAUUAAAAAGGAACAACAGUGUAGAGAAGCUGACGUCGAGAAGCUUACGACAUUGCGAACACGGGAAAUGCGUGAAAAGGAUGAACUGAUGCGUAGCUAUCGAUAUAACUACACCUUGAUUAGGAUUAGGUUUCCAAAUCGUUUUCUCUUGCAGGGUACAUUUGGAUGCCAUGAACCUUUCUUUGCUGUACGCCAUUUCGUGGAAGAGCAUUUGGCACGUAUUGAACCAAUGUUAUUCGUUUUGAAAGAUCCUGUAUCUGGAAAAGUAAUCAGUGAUGAUACGAAAACCCUAAUUGAGUUGAGUCUUCUUCCGGCUGCUGUUUUGCAUUUCGAAUGGGAUUCGGAUUUGCAAACUGAAUUAGUGAAACUUGGACGAAAGGUUCAAUAUCUGGAUCAGCGCUUUAUCGAAAUUGCGGAACCGUUUGCCAUGGCAUAGAACUUGCACGGUUUCACCAUUUUUACCAUACAAUAUGCUCAUCGUUUGAUGUAUUAUAAAAAUUGUACCAAUA